AUGGACUCCGACUCUGUCAAAAAGGCUGUUAUGCAGCAGGUCCUCCAGGAGGCAAACCUGGCCAACGCGCGUGUUCUCAUCGAGAAACUCCAGGAGAACUGCUUCGAGAAGUGCGUUCCCAAGCCCGGCAGCUCCCUAUCCAGCGGCGAGACGACAUGCAUGACCUCGUGCAUGGAGAAGUACAUGUCGGCAUGGAACCAGGUCAACAACGCAUACAUCAACCGGAUAAAGCAGGAGUCUGGCAACACCAACAGGUCCUUUUAA